GUUCCUUCCGGGUGCUGCAACUGCCCGCACCGCCUGCCUACAGGGGACCACCCACCACUAAUAAGGGGCUGCAGCUGCACGCCGCGAGCGGGUUUUCAGGGGUCUUAAAGCUCCGCAAGGCCGUCUCCGCCUGCCUGCCUGCCUGCCUCCUCCUCCGGCUUCGACUUAUACAAAUAAGCAACUCAGAACAUUUUAAACUUCAAUAAUAAACUCAACUCCCACAUAAAUACUUAGAUCGCUACAAAACAGGAAGAGCAAAAGACAGAACCAGAAAAGAGAAAUGGAAACAAUCGACCCGGCCACAGGCCGCCCCCUGCCCGACGACGCCCUGCAGCGGGUCCUCUUCGUCGCGGGGCAAGUGCACGUCUACAACAUCCCGCCCAUGGUGCCGGGCAAGGGCCACGUGGCCGCGAGCUGGACAUCCGACGCCUCGCGGCAGAUCUUCACCGCGCGCCUGCGCGUCGUCGAGACCGCCUUCACCAUCUCCGCCACCGGCCCAGAAGAGGAGAAGGAACUCGUGAAAGCGGACGUCGUGCUCGAGGACCCGAGCACCGGCGGUUUGUUCGCCGCCGCGCCGUAUACGGGACCUGCUGUCGUUGAGUCAGUGUCUGAUAGCUCCCGGUUCUUUGCGCUGCGUGUGCAGGACGAGGCGGGUCGGAAGGCGACGUUGGGGAUUGGGUUUGAGGAGAGGAGUGAGGCGUUUGAUUUUGGUGUUGCGCUACAAGAGGCUCAGAAGUCGGUGGGAUGGGGUGGAAGCCAGAAUGCGGGAAAGAAACAGGCGGCGGCAGAGAAACAAGAUAACGCAGCUGAGAAGCGCGAUCUUAGUUUGAAGGAGGGUGAGACGAUCACGAUUAACCUACCCGGGAGAUUUGGGAGGAGAAAACCAGAGCCCCCUCCUCAGUCUAAUGAGGGUCUUUCGUCGUUCUCAUUACCUCCACCACCUUCUUUUUCUGCUUCACCAGGACCUGGUGGUGUGGGUAUACUUCCACCACCACCACCAACUACAAAUACCAACAGCAGAGCAAAACGAUUGUCCGCUCAAAACCUGGGUUUCGAUGAUGGCAAAUUUGGGGAGUUUGCAUGAGUAGCUUUGAUCAUCUGGAUGGUCUCUGAGUAACGACCUGCUGCUGGAAUAGACUAUGAUGGAAUGGUAUAUACGACAUUGUCACUAAUGGUGCUACUCUUGAGAUAAAUCAAAUUCAUACUAUGAACAACCUGAUGAAAAAAGGGGUACCUCCUUAACCUAACGCCGUCCUAACGCCUUAAUAUUUUCCC